AUGCCGUCCAGACUGAGAAAGAUCUGGAAACUUUGGGGCCACGUGAGCCAUGGACACAGUGACAUUGGCAAGCACUGGAAGCACCCAGGAUGCCAGGGUAAUGCUGAUGGCAUGCAUCACCACAGGAUCAACUUUGACAAAUAUCACUCAGGUUACUUUGGAAAAACUGGUAUGAGGCAUUACCACUUUAAGAAGAACCAGAGCUUCUGCCCAACUCUCAACCUUGGUAAACUUGGACCUUGGUCAGUGAACAGACACAGGUACAUGCUACCAAAAACAAGACUAGAGCUGCUCUUAUCAUAA